AUGAACUACGUCGCAUAUGCUGCUUUGUCUCUCACAAAUGACUAUUUCUCGUGGGAGAAAGAACAGAAAGCUCAUAUCAUGAGCAUUGGACGUAUACCAUUAGUCAACGCGGUGCAGAUUGUCAUGGUCUCCAAAAUGUCAACAGAGAGCAAGGCCAAAGAAGCCAUCCGAGCGGAAGUCAGAACACACGAAGAGAGGUUCUGCCCGCUAAAGAAGCAGUACCAGGCUACUUCUAAUUCAUCGGGAUCUAUUCUUAGCUUACUCAAUCUGCUGGAAGACACAAUGGCUGGCAAUUUUGCUUGGAGCCUUCGGGUCUCGCGCUACUGGAAGAUUGAUCGCAACCCUUAUCACGAUCACCUAGGAGCCUUUGGCAGCGACGAAGUCCGAGUUAUUAAAACGCUUGCUCAGGUCCACGACGACGCAUUGGUCGACGAUACGGUUAUGGUUGAUCUCGUUGAUCCCGAGGGCGUCAAAAUGUCAAAUGCGUAUAGACCAAGACUUGACGAUAUUCAGGAUGGAAGUUCACUACGACGUGGCAAUCCGGUCGCGCACCAAAUCUUCGGCGUUGGCCAGACAAUCAACGCGGCUACGUACUUGAUGAAUGAAGCUUGUGUCUUAUGCAGAAGCUCUCUCAAUCCGCAGUUUCCAUUUACUCGGUCCGCCUCCUGUCCCGUCUUACUCGAGUAUAUACCCAAGCUAACACUACUAUCGCAUCUUUUACGCUUUCUAGCAUCUUCAAAAGCUAGCAUCUUCAAAAGCCUCCAUGAGCAUCGACCUCUGUCCCUGGAGCUAAAGCAUUAUAUGUUGGAGCAAGUGGCCGCUGGAGGGGUGCUCAAGCAAACGAGGUCUGUGUUGCAGAAACUGCAUCUUCGAAUCUUGCAUCUACUUGCGAAUACCGAGCGAGAAGCUGGUGGCUCAGAGAAUUGGGCACUAAGAUUGAUGAUUUUCAAACUCGAUGUUGGUAAUGACGGGGCAAAGGAUAUUGAAGAAAGCGAUUCACCUUGGGCAGUGAAUCAACAACCAGCGUGUGUAGGCUGCGAAGAGAAUUCACGUCCUGUCGAUCUGUUUGUUUCUUCGGGGUCAAGCGAGACUUAUUGA